AUGGACAAUUCUCAGGUUCGUAAUAUUAGCGGAAGAGCUCUUCUUUUUAACAUUUUGCUACUGUAUGGAUUCGGUGCGAUUGCUCAAUUUGUUCCUCCAUUAUUCGGAAUAUUCAGAAGAGGAUUCUUUUGCGAUGAUGACAGCAUUCGUUAUCCUUACAAGAAAGAUACGGUUUCCAGUGGUUUUCUUAUCUGUUAUGCCAUCUUUGUCAAUGCUCUAGCUAUUGUGUUUGUGGAGUUUUAUCGUAUGAAUCGGGUAGAAAAUGAAAUAGAUCAACCUCAGUACAAAUGGAAAAACAGCACGAUUCAUGCUUUGUUUGUACGCUUCAUGACAUACUUCGGCUAUUCCCAGAUUGGCUUCAUUUGUAACAUCACAUUAACUAACAUAGCCAAAAUCGUUAUCGGACGCUUGCGACCUCAUUUCCUCGAUGUUUGUAAGGCCGGAAAUAACACAUGCACAUCUUCCGAGCAUAUUUUCAUUUCAAACUACACUUGCACAGGAGACCCGUCACUAGAAAUGGAAGGACGGAAGUCUUUUUUCAGUGGCCAUUCUAGUAUAUCCAUGUAUGCGUCUGUCUGGACAGCGUUAUAUCUCCAAGCGCGCCUGCUUUCUGUAUGUGGAAACCGUAUUAUAAUACCAAUCAUUCAAACAAUAGUAGUAGCUGCUGGUAUGGGAAUAAGUUUAAGUAGAAUAAACGACAACAUGCAUCAUUGGAGUGAUGUGCUAGUUGGAAUGUUCGUUGGUUCUUUCAUAGCCACUUAUACGUGUAUCUGUUGGACCAAUAUGUUCCAUUCUAAAAACAACAAUCAUUCAGUUUUACCCACCGAACAGGUUCGCUAUGGAGCAACGUCGACUUCUGAAGCAACACUCACUUCUGAAGAAUGCUUAUAA